AUGCCACAGUGCCUAAGAAACGCAAUAAGUGCAGAAGAAAAAUUAUAUUUGACGCUGAGGCCGGCACCGCUGCGACGGACGGCGUACCGGGAGGACGGGCGCGUCAGCGGCUCACGCCGACAGGCCGGCACCGCUGCGACGGACGGCGUACCGGGAGGCCGGGCCCGUCAGCGGCUCACGCCGACAGGCCGGCACCGCUGCGACGUACGGCGUACCGGGAGGACGGGCGCGUCAGCGGCUCACGCCGACAGGCCGGCACCGCUGCGACGGACGGCGUACCGGGAGGACGGGCGCGUCAGCGGCUCACGCCGACAGGCCGGCACCGCUGCGACGGACGGCGUACCGGGAGGACGGGCGCGUCAGCGGCUCACGCUGACAGGCCGGCACCGCUGCGACGGACGACGUACCGGGAGGCCGGGCGCGUCAGCGGCUCACGCCGACAGGCCGGCACCGCUGCGACGGACGGCGUACCGGGAGGACGGGCGCGUCAGCGGCUCACGCCGACAGGCCGGCACCGCUGCGACGGACGGCGUACCGGGAGGCCGGGCCCGUCAGCGGCUCACGCCGACAGGCCGGCACCGCUGCGACGGACGGCGUACCGGGAGGACGGGCGCGUCAGCGGCUCACGCCGACAGGCCGGCACCGCUGCGACGGACGGCGUACCGGGAGGACGGGCGCGUCAGCGGCUCACGCCGACAGUCCGGCACCGCUGCGACGGACGGCGUACCGGGAGGACGGGCGCGUCAGCGGCUCACGCCGACAGGCCGGCACCGCUGCGACGGACGGCGUACCGGGAGGACGGGCGCGUCAGCGGCCAGGGAACAACAGGGUCACGCCGACAGGCCGGCACCGCUGCGACGGACGGCGUACCGGGAGGACGGGCGCGUCAGCGGCUCACGCCGACAGUCCGGCACCGCUGCGACGGACGGCGUACCGGGAGGACGGGCGCGUCAGCGGCUCACGCCGACAGGCCGGCACCGCUGCGACGGACGGCGUACCGGGAGGCCGGGCCCGUCAGCGGCUCACGCCGACAGGCCGGCACCGCUGCGACGGACGGCGUACCGGGAGGACGGGCGCGUCAGCGGCUCACGCCGACAGGCCGGCACCGCUGCGACGGACGGCGUACCGGGAGGACGGGCGCGUCAGCGGCCAGGGACACAACAGGGUCACGCCGACAGGCCGGCACCGCUGCGACGGACGGCGUACCGGGAGGACGGGCGCGUCAGCGGCUCACGCCGACAGUCCGGCACCGCUGCGACGGACGGCGUACCGGGAGGACGGGCGCGUCAGCGGCUCACGCCGACAGGCCGGCACCGCUGCGACAGACGGCGUACCGGGAGGACGGGCGCGUCAGCGGCUCACGCCGACAGGCCGGCACCGCUGCGACGGACGGCGUACCGGGAGGACGGGCGCGUCAGCGGCCAGGGACACAACAGGGUCACGCCGACAGGCCGGCACCGCUGCGACGGACGGCGUACCGGGAGGACGGGCGCGUCAGCGGCUCACGCCGACAGUCCGGCACCGCUGCGACGGACGGCGUACCGGGAGGACGGGCGCGUCAGCGGCUCACGCCGACAGGCCGGCACCGCUGCGACGGACGGCGUACCGGGAGGACGGGCGCGUCAGCGGCUCACGCCGACAGGCCGGCACCGCUGCGACGGACGGCGUACCGGGAGGACGGGCGCGUCAGCGGCCAGGGACACAACAGGGUCACGCCGACAGGCCGGCACCGCUGCGACGGACGGCGUACCGGGAGGACGGGCGCGUCAGCGGCUCACGCCGACAGUCCGGCACCGCUGCGACGGACGGCGUACCGGGAGGACGGGCGCGUCAGCGGCUCACGCCGACAGGCCGGCACCGCUGCGACGGACGGCGUACCGGGAGGACGGGCGCGUCAGCGGCUCACGCCGACAGGCCGGCACCGCUGCGACGGACGGCGUACCGGGAGGACGGGCGCGUCAGCGGCCAGGGACACAACAGGGUCACGCCGACAGGCCGGCACCGCUGCGACGGACGGCGUACCGGGAGGACGGGCGCGUCAGCGGCUCACGCCGACAGUCCGGCACCGCUGCGACGGACGGCGUACCGGGAGGACGGGCGCGUCAGCGGCUCACGCCGACAGUCCGGCACCGCUGCGACGGACGGCGUACCGGGAGGACGGGCGCGUCAGCGGCUCACGCCGACAGGCCGGCACCGCUGCGACGGACGGCGUACCGGGAGGACGGGCGCGUCAGCGGCUCACGCCGACAGGCCGGCACCGCUGCGACGGACGGCGUACCGGGAGGACGGGCGCGUCAGCGGCCAGGGACACAACAGGGUCACGCCGACAGGCCGGCACCGCUGCGACGGACGGCGUACCGGGAGGACGGGCGCGUCAGCGGCUCACGCCGACAGUCCGGCACCGCUGCGACGGACGGCGUACCGGGAGGACGGGCGCGUCAGCGGCUCACGCCGACAGUCCGGCACCGCUGCGACGGACGGCGUACCGGGAGGACGGGCGCGUCAGCGGCUCACGCCGACAGUCCGGCACCGCUGCGACGGACGGCGUACCGGGAGGACGGGCGCGUCAGCGGCUCACGCCGACAGGCCGGCACCGCUGCGACGGACGGCGUACCGGGAGGACGGGCGCGUCAGCGGCUCACGCCGACAGGCCGGCACCGCUGCGACGGACGGCGUACCGGGAGGACGGGCGCGUCAGCGGCCAGGGACACAACAGGGUCACGCCGACAGGCCGGCACCGCUGCGACGGACGGCGUACCGGGAGGACGGGCGCGUCAGCGGCUCACGCCGACAGUCCGGCACCGCUGCGACGGACGGCGUACCGGGAGGACGGGCGCGUCAGCGGCUCACGCCGACAGGCCGGCACCGCUGCGACGGACGGCGUACCGGGAGGACGGGCGCGUCAGCGGCUCACGCCGACAGGCCGGCACCGCUGCGACGGACGGCGUACCGGGAGGACGGGCGCGUCAGCGGCCAGGGACACAACAGGGUCACGCCGACAGGCCGGCACCGCUGCGACGGACGGCGUACCGGGAGGACGGGCGCGUCAGCGGCUCACGCCGACAGUCCGGCACCGCUGCGACGGACGGCGUACCGGGAGGACGGGCGCGUCAGCGGCUCACGCCGACAGUCCGGCACCGCUGCGACGGACGGCGCUGGCACCGCUGGGACGGACGGCUUACUGGACGGGCGGACCGGGUCAGCGGCGGUAGCGACUCCUCUGGACGGGCGGACCGGGUCAGCGGCGGUAGCGACUCCUCUGGACGGGCGGACCGGGUCAGCGGCGGUAGCGACUCCUCUGGACGGGCGGACCGGGUCAGCGGCGAUGCAGAUAAUGAGGAAACAGUGUUUGAGGAUGAUGACGAUUCAGUUGAAGCAGAAGAUGAAAAAGAAAAAGAAAAUGAAAACUUGUAA